AUGAAAUACUUUUCAUAAAAACUCUUUUCAGAUGAUCAAUAAUAAUUAGAUAAACUUAUUUUAUUGAUUAGUAAGAUAAGAUCUCAAUUUAAUCAAUAAUUAAAUGAAUUAGAAAAAAUUAUUUAUCAAAAAAUUGAACUCCUUUAAGAAGAUUAACUUUUUUAACAAUUAAAUCUAAUGGAAAAUAUAUUUACAUAAUCAAAUGAUAGAAAUUUUGAUUAAAAAUCAACAGAAUUAUUUAGAUUGAUUCCUACUUUUUCAAAUUCUAAAGAUAAUUUAAUAUUUCAUAAUAAUGUUGAAUAACUAAAUCUCUUAAAUUUUUAAUAAGCUAUUAGAUUAAUGAUUGAACUUCAAAAUUCAACUUAAUUUAUGAUAAAAAAUAUUCAUAAUUUAAUUGAUUUAAAUAAAAAAGAUCCUAAAAAGAUUAUGAAUUAAAAUUAACCAAAUCCUAACAACGAAAUUUGGAAACAUAAAACAUUUGCAAAAUCUAAUGAUAGAAAAGUAGCAUUUAAUUUUACUAAAAAUUGUGGUGUAGCUGAAAAUAUUUUACCACUUUAAAAUGUUGUUUUAUCAGGAUUCCUUUUAACUUAACUUUUUUAAGGAUAAAAUCAAUUUGAUUAACAUAUAAAUGAUUAAAAUAAAGAUGUAGUUCUUUUAUUUAGAAUACAUGAAGGAAUAGACUUAAGUAUUUCAAUUUAUGAUCAAAUUAUCAAAAUUCAACAUUCUAAAUUUAAAAUUGUUAAUAAUUGCUAUUUUAUUGAAUUAGAUUAAGGAGUUUAUUUAAAAAAAGGAAUGACAUAUUCACUAUCUUUAAUCUCCUAAUCAAAUGAAAGUUUUAAUUUAUUUAUGUUUGCUGGUAAAAGUGUUAGUUUUGGAGAAAUCAAGUUUCUCAAUAAAGAAACUGAAAACAUAAAUUAAUCUGUUUAAGUUAAAUAAAGUCUAACUUAAUCUUGCAUUCCUGGAAUAGUAAUAAACACUUAUUGA